AUUUUUUAGUGAUCGUCGGGUGCAGGACCGAGCGGAGGUCUUUUAAGCCGGAAAAUAUCGACACCGCUGACAACUAUUUGCAUUCAAAUACACACAAAUUAGACAAAAUGGCCGAAUGAUUGAAAACACUUGGAUCUCAUAAAACGUCUGCAUGACAAGUUUUCGUAUGUAAAAGUUGCUGCCGGAACCGAAAUGGCCGCCUACUGUAAGCACAGCGUUGUGAUUGGUGGUAGCCGAGAGGUGCCUAGCAACGAGCGUGUGGAGUGGAUGUCUCGAUGAGCCGAGUGGCCUGUGUACAGGAGCACGUGGUACCGGCGGCCCGCCCACCUGGGUCUGUGAUCGGCGUCGCUCUGCUCCACUCGUGGUGCUGCACCGGCCUGCUGCUGAGUCCGGCCACCAUGCUGGCUCUGAUCACCAAGAAACUGCAGAACCAGACACUCGACGACUCCACGGCAACCAACGCGACUAGCGCUACACACUUAUCGAACUCCACUGUCAACUCCAUUCCAUGCACGACACAGUCAAGUCUGGCCGUGAAAGGCAAGAACUUGUGGACUCUGUCGGUGAAAUCCUCUGAGUUGGUCACGCGGCUGUCAAAGGGGGACGACCACUACAAGAAGCUCACCCCCAAAGCCUCUGUCUGUGAUACCAGUCCUGGCACCCCCACCACCGCCCCGCCCACCAAGAAGUACUGCCGCUCCCUUUCGGUGCCAGCCGACCCCUCCAUGGGCUCCCUCCUGCACACGCAGGGCUCGAAACUGUGGAGGCCCAUCCCAGUGAUUCCUGUCACCAACAACAAUACUCAGCAGCCGAACCGAAACCUUGCCAACUUCCAUGGCGACUGUCCCAAGGCUGGCUUCACGCACAUCGCACCGGUGGCUCCCUCGCCGCUCAGUGUCGAUAGUGGACACUUCACGACCUCCGACCUCCAGACUCCGCCUGGCUCGCCCAUUCCCAGACCGCUGUCGGCGCUAAGCGAUGUUUCGUAUGGGUCGUGGCUCGAACACAGCCCAAGCCGCAACCGCUUUGAAAUACUUCAGAACCGCAGUCUUUCCUACGAGGACCAGAUUUCCAGCAGCUCGCGGCUUAGUUCUGUGUCGUUUGCGAUGGGAGUUUCCAGUCCGACGUCUCUGUCGCCGUACCGACACAAGAUCCCGCGAUGUCGGUCCCAGCCCUGCGUCCUCCAUGACAGAAGGUUUGGCAAGAAGCGGAGGCGGGAGUCCGAUCGACCGACACUCAACUUCCAUAAGAUGACAGAGACGGCGUACUGCCAUAACCGCAGAUCUGAUCCUGUGGAUACACCUGGCUUUGAUCAGCAGAAACGGACAUCACGGUUUCGAGAAGAGCUGGAAUCUGCGGUGUGUCUGAUGCCGAUUGCAAGUUCUCCGCAGGACACAGACUUUCCUGUGAAGCGUGUCGUCGACUAUUUCUCGGCCAGUCCAAUCCGAGACACAAGACACGUGAGGGGGGACCUGUACCGACACGGCCCCCCUGUCAAGAGUUUGUGUAGCGACAUUGACAUCUGUGAACCGGUCCAGCUGGUUGGGGAAGACGAUGAAAGUGGUUGUGGUUGCCACGGUGAUGCCGCUGACAAUGGUGCAGAGUUGUUUCCCUUGACUGACCUGGAUAUUGAGCAGAUCGAGAGCCACUGAACUCAGGUGUAGAGUUUGAUCUCAGGGAUGUUGACCUGUCAAGUGAACGAGGAUGGAAAAACAACUGUUAGCUGUUCAAACAUAGCUAAUUGUGAACUGUGUUCAUACCAACAGUAUAAUCCAACAUUAUCGCGAGCUACAUUGAAUUUUUAUUCCAACAGUAUAAUGAGCUCUGUUGAAAUUAGCAGUAUAAUGAGCUCUGUUGAAAUUAACAGUAUAAUGAGCUCUUUUGAAAGUAACAGUAUAAUGAGCUCUGUUGAAAUUAACUACAUGUGUAUUAGCUUGAAGUUACCAGUAUAAAGAGCUCUGUUGAAACAAUAGAAACAGCUCUGUUGAAACAGUAUAAAGAGCUUGGUUGAACUAACAGAUGUGCUCCGUUGAAACUGACAGUAUAAUGUUAAAAAGUGUAAAACUUUGGACCAUUUUCCCCCCUCCCAUUUGCAGUGAACAAAUGGCAUAGUACAUGGACAUGAGUUGUCUGUCCUGCCUUGUUUGUUUUUGAUAGCCUGCACAAUGAUUCUGAUAUGUUAUAUGUUCAUGAUUUCGACCAGCAUUCCAUUUGACUAGGUACAUUGUUUUCUGCAUAAGUGUGAAUUUUGCUGAUUUUUUUUUUUCAUUAUUGUUUUUUUUUAGAAUAUCAGGCAUAGUGAGUGAUAAAAACUAAUUGCAUGUUUUCUCCAUAGUGUUAAAAAUAUUCAGAGUAGUUAGAAUAUCACUUGUUAAACCCCCCAGGAAUAUUAUUUUCAUCUCGGAAGAAAUGUCACCAUGUUAAUGUGCCAGAAGUAAUUGUCCAUUACUCCUGCUUGACUUCAAUGAGCACUUACUGGUUCAUCAUAGGGGGUUGCCCACCUGCAUACAUUUUGAAAAAUAUUUCCUGCCAUUUAGUAAAGUACUAAUAAUAUAUCUGACAACACAAAAUACCUGAAAAGAAGAGAGAGAUGAGGGUCUUGUGUACUAUUAUUUAGAUGAAAUUAGGGGGUGAAACUUAACUAGGACAUAUAUUUAAAGUCGAGUAUACCGAAAAUACUACUCGAUAUCGGUAUUGGUUUUGUAUUGAUACCGAAUACCACAUCGAUACAGAGGUAAAUCAUACCCAAAAUAUUGAUACCAAUUUAAAAUCUGAAAUUUCAAUACCACCCAGCUCUAACCCAGAUUACAAGGGUUUGUGGUGAACUUUAUAACACUUCAGCAAGACUGCCUGUACAAUAUUUACAUGUAUUGUAUUAUCUAUACAAUAUAUAUUGUGUAGAUAGACUUGCUGAUGUGCUGUAAUGAUUGCUACAAACCCUUGUCUCAGGUCACCUUGCAUCUCUCCCCCAACAUACUUCAUCCCACCAGUAGGUGUUUCACCGAGAGUUGAUUGUUAAGAAACAUUACUGAUAGUACAACUAUCUGAAAUAGAUAGUUAAAACCUGUACUUAAUAUCAUACAUAUAUACUAGUCUAAAACCUGUACUUAAAAUAAUAUAUGCACUUAAAGACUCAAAUAUUUUGUUAAAAUUCAAAGUGGUUUUUUUUAAAAAUAACGAUUGUCUUGCCUCGAUAAAUUAAAAAAGGUGCUGGUAUAGACCGGGUCAAGUUUGGCAUUUAGCUUCAACUUUAAUUUUUUUCAUCUAGCUUCAUUUCUCAUAAACUGUAAGUCCUAGAUCAAUGAAACUAGGUUUGUAGUUACUUCUGUGAAUCAUUAGUACACCCCCACCAUGCAUUCCCUUCCAUUGAGACGUAAUUUCAACAAUCUUAUUGGAUUUUCUGGUAUAAUUUGUUUUGUCCACUUUUAAGACUUAAAUGCAUCUGAAGUAAACAUGCAGUGAGCAGCAUUUGUAAAUUUGGCCCAAAGAAUCGAAACCCUAUCGUAUAUUUACAGUUGAAGCUAUACAGCAAGCUAGAUGUAAUUUUAGGUCAGAUAAAAUUCCAAGAGAAUGUGUUUUAUGUUUUUGUUUUAAAAUUAUUCUAUUAUUACAGGAUACGUCCACAAAGAAAAAGAUAAAAAAAAAAAAAUUCUUUUAGAUUAAACUUCAUUAUAAAUUUA